AUGAUCAUUAUUGCUGCCGCUGUUGUUACUGUUCUUGGUUACUGUACAUCAGCUGAGAUUCCACACGUUCAGGGAAGUUCCACACCUUCUUGGAAGCAUCCUGGGGAUGCUGACUCUGAGGACUCACUCAGGGCUCUAACCUGCCCUCUGCCUUUUGCCCUGUGUCUCGUAGGCAUUCUGGAAUUCAUCAGUAUAGCCGUGGGCCUGGUCAGCAUUCGAGGCGUGGACAGUGGACUCUACCUCGGGAUGAACGAGAAGGGGGAGCUCUAUGGAUCGGAAAAACUAACCCAAGAGUGUGUAUUCAGAGAACAGUUCGAAGAAAACUGGUAUAACACGUACUCAUCCAACCUAUAUAAGCACGCCGACACUGGAAGGCGAUACUAUGUUGCAUUAAAUAAAGACGGGACUCCAAGAGAGGGAACCAGGACUAAGAGGCACCAGAAAUUCACACAUUUUUUACCUAGGCCCGUGGACCCUGACAAAGUCCCCGAACUAUAUAAGGAUAUUCUAAGCCAAAGUUGACAAAGACGGUUUCUUCACUUGAGCCCUUAACAGAGUAACCACUAUAAAGGUUUCCCGCGGUGGGUUCUUACUGAUUAGCUGUGUCAUCCAUCAGCUCCACUGUUGCCAAACUUUGUCGCAUGCAUGAUGUAUGAUGGAGGCUUGGAUGGGAACAUGCUGAUUUUGUUCUGCACUUAAAGGCUGGUCCUCCCGGAGGGCCGCCUGGGGCCGCUUGCUCGAUUUCCCAUGACCGAAGAGGAGAGAGAGGGGUGUGAGUGUGUGAGUGUGUGAGGCGGGGCGCCGGAGGGAAGCCAGAGCCCGGAGGACCGCGGCCCCAUGCAUGCUGGAAAUAGACACGCUUUUACAUUUCGGCCCGUUGUCCCUUCAUCCCGUCUCCGCCCAGCCGCCCACCCCUCGACGCGUCAGGAUGCUGGCCAGCGGCCCGCGGGGGGCUAGCUGCAUUCUCAGAGGCAUGGAGGGUGCGGUCUUACUUCAAAGACGAUUUCGGUUCCUUCUCACUGGUGUCAGCCCAGUGAACUUAAAGCAAAGACCUCUUAGUAAAAAAAAAAAAAAAAAGAGAAAAAAAAAGAAAAAAAAGUUAAAUUUAUUUAUAGAAAUUCCAAAGGCGACAUUUUAUUUAUUUUAUAUAUUUAUUUAUUAUAUAGAGUUUAUUUUUAAUGAAAUAUGUACAGGCCAGAUAGGCAUUUUGGAAGCUUUAGGUUCUGUAAGCAUUAAAUGGCAAAGUCCGCUAUGAACCUGUGGUAAAUUCAUGCAAGUAGCUCUAACAGUGCAUGGAUCUGGGACACUGAUGACCCCAAUGUACUCAAGGCGACAAUCUCUUUUGUGCCCGUAUUAUUGUAUACUUAUGCACAUGACUUCUGACACUGAGUAUUCACUCUUCAGACUGCUUGUUCCAUAGCUUACCCCAGAGGAUUAAAGAAAAACUGGGUCUCAAACUUUUAUUCUGUGUCUGUAAUAUUUCCUCUCUCAUAAGUGACACCAUUAUUGUAAUGGCAUGAUUGGAAAGCCUGAGGGUUGGCCUGUGUCUUACUUGUUUAGAUCUAUCAUAGAAGAUACCAAAGCUACAUAAUAACUGUGCAUUUAUUUUACCCAGUCAUCUCCAGAACAGCAGGACUGACAUCAAACAGUUUACUGGUUUAGAAUUCUCAAAAAAAGAAAAGGAAAAAAAAAAAAAAGCUUGCAUAGCACAGACUAAUUUUUUUUUUUAAGAGACAAGAAUCAGAGGAACAGGCUCAUACUUGUAAACUUUUUAUUUGUGCACUUGGCUAUCAACUAUGAAAUUAUACAAGUACUGUAGGGGUCAUUGUAACAUCUCUUAGGGAAAAUGACUUUCGGUGUGAACUGUUAUAAUUAUGUGGUCAGAGCACCCUUCAAGUAAAACUUGCAAAAUGGAACUAAAUAAACCUUGAUCAAGAGUGACAGUGAGGGAGAAGGCAUUAUACUUGACUGUGUUUUGUUUUUAAAAACAGUCUUCACAGCGCUCAGUAUUUUUAGAGGGAGGUUACUCUAUAGAAUAUCUUUUUCAAGGGUUUUAUAACAUUUUACACUGAGAAGCCUAAGGAUACAUAUUUCUUCAGUAGCAAUAAUUUUGGAACUUGCCCUUGGGCGAAGGAGACAAUUUCCUACUAUAUAUUAAGGAGCAAAGAGUCAAAUUCUUAAAGCAAUAUUUAAGAAAAAGGAACUGAUAACAAAUUCUCAUCUCCACAGAGCACUUUCGAGUUGGCUGUGUUGGGAAAUUGAAAGUGACAGUUGAAAAAUGUGUCAGGAUUUGUGGAGCUAAUUUUAAAGUUUAAUAUUCCAACUUUGUUUUGCUCCGAUGCACAUUCUCUAUGACAAAUAAAAGUGUGUCACUGGUGAGUUAAAUCUGUUCCGUGCUAGAGGCGCAUCCUUGUCAUGACAGUGUAUGGCCUGUCUGCAGUCCAAGUCCGGAGCACGUGGCCACGCCCUCCUGCUGGUGUGCGUUAAAGGAAGAACCACGUCUAAUAUUUGGAAUUAAGAGAUAUUCUGGGGAGGGGACAGAGUGCUGUAAAAUAAUUGAUUUAUGGUAAAGGUCAGAAUGUCCUCUUUCUUUUUAAAAACUUUCUAAACAGAAACUGCAUUUAAUCCCAUGAAGUAGUAUUCUUAUUUAUUAUUUAACCCUUUGCUGCUGCUAAAAUGUGCACAUAUUCAGGCUUUAGUUUUUCCAAAAGGCAUUUAAUUUUUUUUUUUUUUUGGCUGAAAAAAACGUUGAACAUUUGACCACAGGGAAGAAUCAAGUUUCUAGGAUGUCAUAGGUAUAAUCUUUAGCACUGAAAAAAAUUGAUUUUAGAAGACAGCCAAAAGUAAUGUUAAAGUAGCAGCAGACCCGAGAUGAUCCGCCUGAAAGGAAAGAGUAUUUCUAGAAAAUGCUACUUUAAUGUCUACUUUUGGAGUUAAUUUUGUUUUGGUACCUAUUUUUUUUUUUUUUUUUAAGAAAAGCAAAAUGUUAUAUGCUUUUGGCAAUUGAUACAAUAAACUGUAAUGGUCUGUAAAUAAAUAAA